UCUCUCUGCGUCUCUUUAUGUCUUUUUCUAUCUCUUUCAUUCUCUCUCUGUGAAUGUGGGGAAAAUGGCCAGAAUUUUAGUAGAUCAGAACCAGUUCAUCUGUACAGUGUGUCUGGAUCUCCUGAAAGAUCCUGUGGCUAUCCCAUGUGGUCACAGUUUCUGUAAGGUGUGUAUUAAUAGCUGCUGGGAUCAGGAGGAUUAUAAGGGUGUCUUCAGCUGUCCUCAGUGCAGAGACACUUUCAAUCCAAGGCCUGUUCUACGCAGAAACAACAUGCUGGCUGAAGUGGUGGAGAAACUGAAAAAGUCUGGAAUCCAAGCUCCUUCUCCUGCUCAUCAUUACGCUGGACUUGGAGAUGUGGAGUGUGAUUUCUGCACCGAGAAAAAACACAAUGCCAUCAAGUCCUGUUUGGUGUGUGUGGCGUCUUACUGUGAAACUCAUCUGAGACCUCAUUAUGUGUCUCCUGCUUUUAAAAACCACACAUUAAUUGAAGCCUCAACAAAACUACAAGAGAAGAUCUGCACUGAACAUAACAAGCUGAUUGAGAUCUACUGCAGAACUGAUCAAACCUGCAUCUGUUAUUUGUGUACGAUGGAUAAACAUAAAGGACACGACACCGUCACAGUCUCAGGAGAACGAGCUGAGAAACAGAGUAAGCUGAAGGAGGAGCAGAUGAAAUCCCAGCGGAAAAUCCAGGACAGACAGAAGAAGGUGCAGGAGCUGACACAGGCUUUGAACAUUAUAAAGCUCAGUGCACAGAGAGUACUGGAGGACAGUGAGAAGAUCUUUACUGAGAUGAUCAGCUCUAUGGAGAAAAAGCGCUCUGAGGUGAGGAAGCUGAUCAUAGAUCAGGAGAAGGCUGAACUGAGUCGACCUGCAAAUCUCUUGGAGCAACUGGAACAGGAGAUUGCUGAUCUUCAGAAGAAAGUCACUGAGCUAGAACAGCUUUCACACACAAAUGAUCACAUCCAUUUCCUACAGCGUGUCCAGUCUCUCUGUGUUUCUGAUGAAUAUUGGUCUCUUCCAUUGGACCUACCAACUUUUGACAAAUCCAGCAUCACUGUCUUUCAAAAUCGCUUAUUAGAUGGAAUGAGGAAUUCUGUCUCAGAUCUGAAGAAGGGACUCGAGGAAAUCUGUGAGGAGAUAUUCAACAAAAUCCCUUUACAGGUUCAAUGUUCUCUUUCAGAGCCACAGAACAGAGAUGAGUUCCUGAAAUCUUUCCCUUAUCUGACUCUGGAUCCUAACACAGUGCAUUAUAACCCCAUUCUCUCUAAGAACAACAAAACAAUGAAAGACAUAGAGGGAUUACAGCACUACCCUGAUCAUCCAGUGAGAUUCAACUACUGAGCGUCUCUGACACCAUGAAGCUCCUCCACUAAAUCCACACCACAUUCACUCAGCCUCUAUACGCUGGGUUUGGACUUCCCUUUGUACAAAACACUUUUUUAAGUUCUGCAUUAUCUGUGUUUGUGUGAUCAAGAAUAAAGUGUGUAUUGUUCUGUGUUUAUACAUGACUUACUGACUUCAUGAUUCUGAUAAAUGUUCUGCAACAGCACAUUUGAGAGUAGCUCAAGGCUCACAUUAUUGUUUCUUUAGUAACAGCUCACACAGAAUUAAUUAUAUUUGUGUGUAAUUAAUAAGAUUUAAAUCACGUAGAAAUCAUUUGAAACCAUUGUCAUUUAUAUAUAAAUAUAUAUUAAAUAUAUAUUUAAAUAAAUAUUUGUCUCUCUCUUGUAAUUUAUCUCCCCUGUCUGUGAUUGUGUCUA